CCCACACGAAUGCUUCAGAAAGAGGAAAACUGGAAGCCUAUUAGGCUGAGCUACCAUCGCACUUCUUUUUGUACCUGCUAGGUCGUCCCCUAUCUCCAUCUCCCUUAUACCCUCCUUUGAUUCUUCCCCUUUUGAUCUGCUUUAGUAGUUUCUUCGGGAAUUUUAUCUCGUUGUUAGUGAUUAGGGUUUGGCCCAAAUUCGGAGUGGACUGUUGGGGAUCCGAGCCGCAGGAUCCGCUCCUCGAUUUUCAGCUAUGGGCAUACUGUUUACUCGGAUGCUCUCGUCCAUUUUCGGUAACCGUGAGGCUCGAAUCCUUGUGCUUGGCCUCGACAAUGCCGGGAAAACUACUAUACUGUAUCGGCUACAAAUGGGUGAGGUCGUCUCUACGAUCCCAACGAUUGGAUUCAACGUGGAAACCGUCCAAUACAAUAAUAUAAAGUUGCAAGUUUGGGAUCUGGGUGGACAGACAAGUAUCAGGCCAUACUGGAGAUGCUAUUUUCCUAAUACUCAAGCCAUUAUAUACGUUGUUGAUUCAAGUGACACCGAUAGAUUGGUGAUAGCAAAGGAGGAGUUUCAUGCUAUUUUGGAGGAAGAUGAAUUAAAAGGUUCAGUUGUCCUUGUCUAUGCAAAUAAGCAGGAUCUUCCGGGAGCACUUGAUGAUGCUGCAAUAACCGAGGCUUUAGAACUUCACAAGAUAAAGAAUCGUCAAUGGGCCAUCUUCAAAACCUCAGCCAUCAAAGGAGAAGGGCUCUUUGAGGGUUUGGACUGGCUGAGUAACACUCUCAAAUCUGGAGGUAGUUAAAGGAAAGUGCCAGAAAAUGUUCAGAAAUACUGAAACGGUAUUCUAUAUCUGGGAGUAUCAACAUUGGUGGAUCUUGCACUAACUUUAUCAAGUAUGCCCUUUCACUUCAUAAAAAGGCAUAAAUGAAGCCAACUCCUAUUUGUUUUUAUUCUUUUUCCUUAAUACUUGUCUAAAUGUAGAUUGACCCAAGCAGUUGUGAGAAAGCUUUAAUGGCUUUGAUACUGAUAGGCGCUUAUCUGACUGUAAGGAUCUAUAUAUUUAUAUAUUUUUAUGUAUUGGUUAUGCAGUUCUGGAAGGAAAGUUUUAAGAAAAUAACAGUACACAUA